CCUUGGCUCCUGCUGGAUAUUUGCAUUUUUUUUGGUGUGGGGGGGACACUGCAUCACGAUGUCAUGUUGAGAUUUGGUUUUGUUCUUCAUCAUCGUUUGGAGUGGAUCACAGUUUUCUGGGAAGGGGUUUACAGGAGAGCUGUCCCGGGAUAGUGGCAUGGAAGAGAAAGUAUCAUCUUCAUCCUCUUAAAUCAGGAAUCCUGUGUUGCUUAAUCGAGCUGAUGGAUGAAGAUGAGAAAGACAGAGCAAAGAGGGCAUCUAGAAACAAAUCUGAGAAGAAGAGAAGAGACCAAUUUAAUGUCCUCAUUAAAGAGCUAUGCACAAUGCUGCAGGGUCAUGGGCAUCCUCUUAAAAUGGACAAGUCCACAAUAUUGCAGCGGACCAUCGAUUUCCUACAGAAACAGAAAGAUAUUACAGCACAGACAGAGGCCGGUGAAAUUAGACAAGACUGGAAACCUUCUUUCCUUAGCAAUGAAGAGUUUACUCAGUUGAUGUUAGAGGCCCUUGAUGGUUUCCUCAUUGCACUUACUGCUGAUGGGAUGAUAAUAUACGUCUCUGAUAGUGUGUCUUCACUUCUCGGACAUUUACCGUCAGAUUUGGUGGACCAAAAUAUAUUAAAUUUCCUGCCAGAGCGAGAACAAAGCGAAGUGUACAAGCUGCUAGCACCGCAUUUACUGACGGAACCAGUCACUCAGGAUUUUUUCAACUCUGACAAACAAGUGGAGUUCUGCUGUCAUUUAGCAAGAGGAAGUCUAGAUCCCAAUGAACCACCAACAUACGAACACGUUAAAUUUAUUGUAGAAUUUAAAUUUUUUACUCAUGUUCAUACCUCCUCCUAUAAUGGCUUUGAAUCAGCUGUUGCAAGGGCAUUUCGGUCAGGCAACGAAGAACAGAACUGCCUUGUGGCCACAGUACGUCUUGUUACUCCACAGUUCCUUAAGGAAUUGUGUAAUGUGGAUGAACCAUCUGAAGAGUUUACAUCAAGACACAGUUUGGAGUGGAAGUUUCUCUUUUUAGACCACAGAGCCCCACCAAUAAUUGGCUACUUACCCUUCGAAGUCUUGGGAACAUCAGGAUAUGAUUAUUACCAUGCAGAAGACUUGGAGCUCUUAGCAAGAUGCCAUGUGAAUUUAAUGCAGUGUGGAAAAGGAAAAUCGUGCUACUACCGGUUUCUUACCAAGGGCCAGCAGUGGAUCUGGCUUCAGACACAUUAUUAUAUCACAUACAACCAGUGGAACUCCAAACCCGAAUUCAUCGUUUGCAUGCACACAGUUGUUAGCUAUGCUGAGGUUCGGGCACAGAGAAGGAGAGACCUCGGGCUGGAGGAAUCAGCUUUGGAAAUUACAGAGCCCAUAAUAAAGAGCCAGAAUACCUAUUUAGACGUCAGGCAAUGCACACCUACCCCAGACACAAACAGGGAUAGGAUGUCUGUGUCGUCGCACAGCUCCCGGAGAUCAUCUCACACAGCUCUCUCUGACUCUGCAUCUACAUCCUCUUUGAGGCAUACUGAAGCAAGCACUCCUUCUAGACAUUCCUUGACUUUGAGUCAACAAGAGAAGACCCCAAUGAGGAUGGCACCUACCACCAACCAGCCUGUGGGAACCACUCAGACUCCAUCAGAACAUCUCUCUCAGCAUCUUGCUGUUCAGCCAACAAUUGCAGCACCUCAGACGAUUUUGCCUGUUUACCAUUAUCCUGCUCAGUUAGGGAUGGUAAACCAACUGAAGGAGCAGCUAGAAGAGAGAACGCGGAUAUUGCAAGCAGAUAUCAAAAUGCAGCAGGAAGAGCUCCAUGUUAUCAAUGAACAACUUCAGCUGGUGAAGGAUUCCAAUCUGCAGAUGCUAAUGCAGGCGCCAACGCCACUAAGUUUUAAUACCACACAGCAGCAGCAACAGCAGGAUCCAAGGAGAGUGCCUCAUCAAACGGGUCCAGUGAGCAGACAGGGCAUGGACAUGGGAAAGAAAUCUCAAGUCAUGAUGAGUCCUAAACGUUUUUGUGGAGCUCCAGUGAUCUCACAUUGUCAGAUAGUGACAUCUACUCAGAAUCCACAACACCAACAGCUGCAGCAACUUCAGACACUACAGCACCAGCAGAAUCUGCAGCAGCAGCCUCAUCAACCACUGCAUCAGCAGCAGCAACUGCAGCAACUGCAACAGCAGCAGCUGCAGAAACAGCACCAGCAGCAACAGCUUCAAAAACAACAGCAGCUUCAGAAGCAACACCAGCAGUUGCAACAGCAAAAACUUCAUCAACAGCAGCUGCAGCAGCAGCAGCAGAGACUAAUGAGAGGAAAUCAAACACAACAGACGCCUCUCUCUAUACAGACUCAUAGUAACGUUGUAAUGCCGCUGUAUAGUAACACAAUGAUGUUCUCACAAUCUCAUCCUGCUGCUGCUUCUCCGCGGAUUACAACAGACACUGGGGACAGACAGCAGCCACCUGAUUAUAACCAGGAAAGGCACUUGAGACUGGGCCAGGCUCAACAAAUGCGGUCUGCACCAUUACAAAUCCAGCCAAUCACAUGCAGCACAGUGAUUGCAGCUCCAUCUGUGACCUCCGCUUAUACGCCCUCUGUGAUGAUCCCUCACUCCAGCUUCACCACUCAGCAUGUCCAACCAACAGUCCAUCUACAGCAUUGCCAACAGCCGCAGGUCCAGCCUCAGCAGCUGUUUCUUCAGAUGCCGGCUACCGAGUCAAUUCAAGGAAACCAGGCUCCGCACAUUUUCCAGCAGCCUCAUAUACAACAGCAGCAGCAAAAUAAUAUGGGCUAUUUUCUCCAUGCUCAGCAACAAAACCAGACUGGAAACAUAACUGAUCUAACUGAGCUGUGACUGAACUGUAAUGCACAGGAGUAACAGGAAAACACAAGAAGGGGCCUGGCAGUGUGGAGAAAUGUGAGGCCUAAAACUGAAUUUACAAAGGAAUGUAAGGGGCAUUGCUUACACACAAUAAGGAUGGCCAAACUCAUUCCAGUGAAGAAAAUGAGUUAACAGUACGAAGGACUACACUUGCAGUAGACCCUUAUAAACAAAGGACUACACUUGCAGUAGACCCUUAUCAGGGAAGGACUACACUUGCAGUAGACCCUUAUCAGGGAAGGACUACACUUGAAAGUAGACCCUUAUCAGCCUUCAAGUAGAAUUUUCUAGGCUGUCUGUUAAAAAAAACAAAAACACACACACAAAAAGUGUAAAGUAUAUCAGGGUACUUGACUGGUCCUCUCUGCCAAAGCUAAACCUUUACAUGGCUAUAUUAACUACUAUUGUUUUUUUUUUAUAUUGUGAAUGUAGCUCCACAGGAGUGAAAUUGUAAAUGUGCUAAAGAGUUGAGAAAGUGUUAGUGAUGCCUGGGUUAUGUAAAUAUCAAAGAAGAAA